UGACGUGAUAGCGCGUUUGUCCACAGUUGGUGAUGAUGUCAUUCGUACGCGACCUCACACUUGUACCAUGUUAUGCUAACCGACGGUGCAAAACGACUAAGUCAGUGGAUUUAUUUUCGUUAAAGAGUUUUUGGUUGGGAAGGAGGUAAAAUGUCUUUAUAUGAUGAUCUGGGGGUCGCAACAAGCGACACUAAAACAGAAGGCUGGUCUAAAAACUUCAAACUGCUUCAGUCUCAGUUGAAAGUGAAGAAAGCUGCAUUGACACAAACAAAGACUCCGAGGACGAGACAGUCCAAUGUUCUAGCUCCGGUUAUUGAUCUGAAGAGAGGAAGUGCUGUAGAUGACAGACAGAUCUCUGAUACACCUCCACACAUUGCUGCAGGGAUGAAGGACUCGGCAUCAGUUGGGUUUUCAUCCGGAGAAGUGCUGAUUCCUUUGGCUGAUGAGUAUGACCCCAUGUUUCCCAACGACUAUGAGAAAGUGGUGAAGAGACACCGAGAAGAACGACAAAGACAGAGAGAACAGGAGCGACAGAAAGAGAUUGAGGAGAGAGAGAAGAAGCGUAAAGAGAGGCAUGAAACAGGGGGAGCACCAAGUGGAUUUUCCCGUUUCCCAACAGAAGGCGAAUCAGAUGAGGAGGAGGAGUAUGAGAGAGAAAAGAAGAGGAGUGUAGUUGGAGCUGCCAUCGCCCCUCCGACAUCACUAGUGGAGCGAGACUCAACAUAUUCAUAUGAUGAAGAUGGUCGGCAGAGGUCGAAGGCAGCAAUCCCUCCUCCCAUUUUUGAUGACUCUGAUAGACCACGAUCUCCCCCGGGACCAACUAAUUCAUUCCUGGCCAAUAUGGGUGGUACUGUGGCUCAUAAAAUCAUGCAGAAGUAUGGAUUCCGAGAUGGACAGGGCCUGGGGAAACACGAGCAGGGGUUGAGCACGGCGCUCUCAGUGGAGAAAACCAGCAAGCGUGGGGGAAAGAUUAUUAUUGGAGACUCAACGGAAAAGACAUCAGGAUCCAGUCAGAAUGUGGCUGAUCCACAUGGCUCUAAUUCAGUGGAUGCCUCAAAGAAAAGCGAUGCCAACCCUCUUACAGAGAUUCUCAAAUGUCCUACAAAGGUGGUGUUGCUGCGGAACAUGGUUGGAAGGGGAGAAGUUGAUGAAGACCUGGAAGCUGAGACUAAGGAAGAGUGUGAGAAGUAUGGCAAAGUCAUCAAGUGUGUCAUCUUUGAGAUCGCCGUUGUUUCUGACGACGAGGCUGUCCGCAUUUUCCUGGAGUUCGAACGAGUCGAAUCAGCCAUUAAAGGUGAGUGGUUUAAGGAUAAACUUGAAGAGUGUGUGUACAGGUGGUCUUUAUUUCAAGCGCCCCAGAUCUCACUUAAUAAAGCAGAUGCAUGA